AAAGGAAGACGUCCCUCCGAAAAGAGUGAACCAACCUUCCUAAAUCUUCUUUGCGCAACAUCCUAUCUCUUAAACCUGUUACUAAAUUCUACCCCAGCUUCAUUCCUGCAACCCCAAACGCCAAAUCCAAUUAUCCUGCGCCAUAAGGUAAAUCGACCAUCUCAAGAUCAACCACAAAGCCAUGACUAUAGUGAACCAAAGUGGAUCAGUAGCCAUUCUUCGAAGUUUGAUGUUGCUCUCCGAAUGCCGCGACAGCUCUCCCUCCCUCAAGAACCGCGCCCUGUCCUUUCUUACACCGCUAUUGAUGGUCCAUCUUUUUGUCUCGCUAUAUUGAUCAAGGAAGUCAUCCCAAUCGCCAAUAAGACGCAUGCGACAAUAGCCAAGACGAUGAUGUUAGACAUGCUGUAA